AUGGCGAAGAGUGAUGCCUCUUUCCUAUUCGCUGGCACCUCUUUCGAUCGCAAGAAAUUUCCCACUGUCUUCAGUAAAUUCAAGGAGAAAAAAGAGCCGGAUGCUGAUUCUUUAGAAGGACAGAAAUUCAUCGAAAAUGGGGAAUCUGCACUAACGAAUGAGGACACGGAGAUCAAAUUUCAAUCUAACAACAAGAAGAAGAGAAAGAGGAAAACAACAACUACUUCUGACCCAGUAGAAGGAUUCAGUGUGUUCCGGAGUUCAAAAUCCAAAAAAGUUAAAGAAGAUGAGCAAGAUGGUCAAGAGGAAACUGAUGAGGCAAAGAAGGAAUACCAUCGUCAAUUAGAGAGGGAUGCUAUUUUCCGAAAGAAGCUCAACAUUCAUGUUUCUGGGAGUAAUGUCCCUUCUCCUCUUCAGAGCUUUGCAGAAUUAAAGUCAAGGUAUAAAUGUAAAUCAUAUAUUUUGCGGAAUCUGGCAGAACUUGGAUUCAAAGAGCCAACACCAAUCCAAAGGCAGGCUAUUCCAGUUCUCCUAUCUGGACGUGAAUGCUUUGCGUGUGCUCCAACUGGCUCUGGUAAAACCUUUGCCUUUGUCUGUCCAAUAUUGAUGAGACUCAAGCGUGCUUCCGAUGUUGGUGUUCGAGCAGUAUUCCUUUGCCCUACACGGGAGUUGGCAGCUCAGACAGCAAGAGAAUGUAAGAAGCUGGCUAGAGGGAAAAAGUUCCGGAUCAAGUUGAUGACCAAACAACUCGUUAAAGGUGCUGACUUUUCAAAGCUACCAUGUGACAUACUCAUCUCAACACCAUUUCGCGUGCAGUUUGCAGUUCGUAAAAGGAAGCUUGAUUUGAGCAAGGUGGAAUUCUUAGUCCUUGACGAAUCUGAUAAGCUAUUUGAGCUGGGGUUGGUGAAGCAGGUUGACUCAGUGGUUAAGGCAUGCUCUAACCCUAAAAUCUUGCGGUCAUUGUUUAGUGCUACUUUGCCUGAUACUGUGGAAGACCUUGCACGCACAAUAAUGCAUGAUGCUGUCCGUGUUAUUAUUGGUAGGAAGAAUUCUGCUUCUGAAUCAAUAAAGCAAAAGUUGGUAUAUGUAGGAAGUGAAGAUGGGAAGCGUCUUGCUCUGCGACAAAUUUUCCAAGAGGGUUGGAAUCCACCAGUACUGGUGUUUGUUCAAAACAAGGAGCGGGGAAAAGAGCUUUAUAAUGAGUUGAAAUUUGAUGAUUUAAGAGCUGAUGUGAUACAUGCUGACCUAUCGCAGAUACAGCGGGAAGAUGCCGUGAAUAACUUUCGAGCAGGGAAAACUUGGGUCCUGAUUGCAACUGAUGUAAUCGCUCGUGGUAUGGAUUUUAAGGGUGUCAACUGUGUUAUUAAUUAUGAUUUUCCAGAUUCUGCUGCAGCAUAUAUCCACAGGAUCGGUCGUUGUGGUAGAGCGGGUAGAAGUGGGGAGGCUAUUACAUUGUACACGGAAGCUGAUGUUCCAUACUUGCGAAACGUAGCUAACGUGAUGACUGCAUCUGGCUGUGAAGUCCCUUCGUGGAUGUUAUCCUUGCCUAAAAAGAAGUGGAAGAAGCACAGACCACAAAGGGAGGCCAUUUCAACUAAUUCUGUUGAUGAGGAAGAAGAAUAG